UCAGUGUCAGUGCAGCGAUCGCUUCGAAAGUGGUAGCACGGAGGAGUCGUGACUCUAUCUCUUUCGCUCGAUCCCCUCCCCUCCGUCGUCUCGCUCCCUCGGACGUGAGAUAAGAACGUCACGCAUACGCGAGCGUUAUCCUUGUCCGACUGCUGCGUCGCACCCUCUCCAUCUUUCCUCCCGUUGUUUCCUCUCGGGGUAGACGUACUGUGCUGCGCACGAUUUCCGAUCGAUGCGGAUCAAUUUUUGUGUCAAAAAAAAAGAGUGCUCGUUAGUUGGCCCUUGGAAGUAGCCGGCUUUGAGGAAAAGAAGCGUGCUCGUAAUUUCUUGAAUAGGUUAUGUAGCGCACAUGUGAAUCGACUUAUGUGUAUACACGAUCGCGUCUCUGUGUUUUUUAAGACGAUCCUGUCAGCAUGAAGGUCGAGGUGAUGUUCAACGUUUUCGUGUCGCUUCGUUAAAAAUACUAGCGUAUCGAUAGAACGGCAAUAUACCGAAGGACAUUGACUAGAGGUACAAGACAAUUACAAAAGGAGAGAGUAAAAGUGUUCGCCUAAGAGGAGAAUUUUCGGAGGAGGAUGCUCGGCAGUUGGGGCUGGGAAGAAGAAUUGGAGUUGGGAGAGGGAAUAACAACCCCGUCGCAAGAUAGACAAAGACGAGAAAGCCCAGACUCGACGCAUCCUGUCCCCGACAGCCGGGUGCUAAGGUAUGCACCCAGCCGGUGUCACCACCCUCCCAACUUCACGACACCACAUUUCAGCACACAGCCUCCUCUCGACUGUACGGAUUAGCAGCGUGAGGUGGCCAAAAUGCUGACUGCUCAUUCAGAGAUGCAGGAGAAACGGGAGGAUCCCCUUGGAGGCGGACAAUAUGGAACAGGCGGGGGUGGUGGGGGCAGUUCGAUUGAAGAGAAAUCUAUUCCAGAACAACCACCUCCGCCCCCGGCGCCUCCACAGAGGGAUCCAUCGGAUCCAACGAUCAGUGCUAAGAAACUUCCAAAGAAACGAAAGUUUGAUCUAUCGGAACUCGAGGAGAUGGAUAAAACUAGCAAUGUAACGAGCAACAUCAACAAUAUGGUGAACAUUAGGGCACCAAAUAUGCCAAUCAGUCAAUCAGGUUUAGUUCAACAGUCUACCAUUGCGACUAGGCAAUCUCCGCAGCAACAAGAAUCCGAUUGUUAUCAAGUAUCCUCGGCACAUUCGGUGGUAGUUCUACCACCCCAAAGUACAGCAGUGGAUUAUUCAGUCCGAGAGGAACCUCUACGUUCUCGUCCUCGGCCUGCCACUGUUGCUAUUGAUCUCAGUGAGUGGCGCGACCACAGAGUGUUAGCUUUAAGGGAUUCAUAUUAUUAUCCGGGUGUUAUUCGUAACGUUGUCCAAGGCGAGAUUUAUAUAGAGUUUGAUGGUGACAGGAAACAGAUGCGUUACACGGACGUUUUGGGGGCGGGAAAGUACGAUGUGAUAGGUGACGCUAGCCCGUCUGUAGGGCAGGUGACUUUAGACGCGAAAGUUUGUAUCAAAUGUCCGACGUCGAACAAUCAUAUAGACACGGCUAAAGUGUUCGUUAAGGGGACGGUGUGCAAGAUUCUAACGAACCCUAAACGUUUUGUCGUUAAAAUACCAAGGGAGGACGAUCAGAGUGAUCGUUACGUCGUGAAACGCGCCGAUCUGAGAUUGGUCCAACCUCCAUGGUGGGACGAACUGGAAGAAGGACUGGAAGACUGUGAUUCUUCGAGGGUCGAAGGAAUUGAACAUGGCUACCGAAAUUCUUCAGAAGCUCCAGCAGUGCCAAUUUUACAGCUACAUCAUACCACGCAUCAUACCUCUCAUAUAUCAACCCAUAGUGAUACGAGUGGUUAUUAUAGGACUACUGGUACUAGUCCAUUGAUGACUCUAGGAACUUCGGCGCACUCGGCUACUACUGCGUUAAGCAAUGGGAGCAGACCGUAUGAUGAUUUGGAGAGCGAAGAUGACUUGGAUAGGGAAGAUAUUACGUUCCCUUCGGACGCAGAUGCAAAAUUAUCAGGGAGUAGUAAGAGAAGCAGUAUGCAGAGUCGAGGGAGUACCAGUAGUCUAGUUGAACAGCGCAGUAUAACUCCUCGCUCUCAAGCAGCCACACCCAGAUCUCAGGCGGCGACGCCACAUAGAUAUAAAAAAGGUGAUGUAGUGACUACGCCAAGUGGAGUCAGGAAGAAAUUCAACGGUAAACAAUGGCGUAGACUUUGUAGCAAAGAGGGAUGUUCCAAAGAAAGCCAACGGAGAGGAUACUGCUCUCGCCACCUCAGUUUGAAGGGAUCUGGUCUCAGGGGUCCAACGAACACCUUUCCUGGUAGUAGAAUGGAUGGCGAAGAAACAUCCAGGGAUUCCGAUACGUCUCCAAAUUACGGAGACAGGAGAAUUGCUGGGCGAUUUGAUCAAGAUGAGACUGAAGCAGCGAAUAUGCUUGUGUCCCUGGGAAGUUCUAGAUCAGCAACGCCAGCUUUUUCGUCGCCUACAGGACAGUCCUCCAUAUCCCCCUGCAUUAAUCAGUCUCCAGUCCCACCAUUGGGUCUCAAUCAGAACAACGUCUUCAUGCCAAUAUCAAGUCCCGCUCAUCAUGCGGCUCCUUUAAUUUCCCCUGGAACUAAAUGGAAAAACUCGCCGACUCAGUCCACCUUUCACACGCAGUAUCAGCAGCAAGUCAUAAAACCAGAGCCCAACCGCGUGGUCAGGUCAAACCGCCCAGCUCCGACUGCCCCAAAUCCUGCCAGCAUAGGAGCAAGUGUGAUAAGAAUCUCUCCAGUGAGCCGCGGUAUAUCCGGACCUAACUUAACGUCUUCAUGGUCCGAGCAAAGUCCUCCACCCCGACAUCCUUCGGUUGUGACGACCAUAGCCCAACAGCAACAAGGGAUCAUCCUCCAGCACGCUCUCACCAACAAUGGUUUCCCGAGUCAUUCUGAGAUUUCAGAGCAGAGUCCACAGAUACUGAAACCGUCUCACUCGCCUCACAUACCGCCUCUAUCCGCGCCGACGCCGCAAAAUCUCACUCUUCUACAUAAGCCUCUGGAGCAACCAGUGGACUACGCUCAGCCCCAACCUCAGAGUCAGCCUAUUUAUGUGAUGCAACAUCAGCAUGAGAAGAAGUAUCUUGUGAUAAAGAACACCAUGGACGUGUUCGCGGCAGGGCAUAUCACCAAUCAGGAUGAUAAAUACAGGCCUGGGUUGAUGAAUCACCUAGGUCAGCUCCCAUCGCUGCAUCAGGCGCAGUGUCAGCCACCCCAGUCGCCUGCUGUUUCGUCCGUCCAUGUUGAUAAAUUAUCUGUUCUUCAGCAAGCAAGUAAAAUUGCUACCCAUGCAUCUACGCAUAUGGACAUGCAGAGGACCCAACCUCCUCCUACCAGUGUUGUUAUGACAACUACUGAGGCUUCGAAUCCACCCACUCCAACUAGCGUCUUCCAACACGUGAUUGUACAACCCGGGCAUUUGGUGCAGAUUCCAAAGACUCAAGCAUCUAGAGAAGAGAAUUCUAAAAAUAAUGGAGUUCUGUAUGGCAGCCACGAUGUCCCUGCAUACCAGGCCCAUCCUCCAUCAUUACUGAACAAUGCAGUGCGCAACUGGAAAAAAGCUUUUCCCUGGCAGACUACGGUUCUGGAUCAAGCAGAAGUGAGUCCUCCACCAUCAGCAUUGAGCCCACCACUGAGUGCACCUCCAAUUCCAAUCAGCAUGAGUACGCCUGGUGAGGACGGAUCAGCUCCAGGCCCAGACCCCAUCACUCCCGCGGAAGAGGAGGAUGAUGAUGUAUUUGAAGCAGAACCCACAACUCCUGCGGAGGUUGAGACCAAUGCUAACAAAAGACGCAGCCAAUCUCUUAGUGCGUUGCAUUCCAAAGAGCCCCAGAGUCCUCUGAAAACUAAAGACAGAAUACGCCGGCCAAUGAACGCAUUUAUGAUCUUCUCUAAACGCCAUCGCGCUGUUGUGCACCAGAGACAUCCGAAUCAAGACAACCGCACGGUAUCUAAAAUACUGGGAGAGUGGUGGUAUGCUUUGGGUUCGGAAGAGAAGCAGAAAUACCAUGACCUUGCAUCAGAGGUAAAGGAGGCUCAUUUCAAGGCGCAUCCGGAUUGGAAAUGGUGUAGCAAGGAUAGAAGAAAAACUUCGAGUACAAGUUUUAAAGGAAGUGAAUCCAGAGGGAAAUUAAACAGCACUGGAGAGGAAACUGACAUGGGACCACCAACGGAUGACAUACCACUGACUCCAAGAGCCAGUGAUGAAAUCACUGUACCAGUCACCACCGUGUAUAAUGAAGUCCCUACCAUCGAGGUUGUCAAUCAGUCGCAUACUCAUCGGAUAAUGGAAAUGCCUCUGCAAGUGGAGACUGCGGAAUCCGAUAUAAAACAAGACGAGGAUGGAAAUGCAUCGGAUGAAGAUCAGAUGGUUAUUUGUGAAGAUCCUCAGCCUGAAAUUGAUUUGAAAUGUAAGGAUAAGUUGACGGACAGCGACAAUGAUAUUCAGGAUGAAGACGGUGAAAAGAAGUGCUAUUCUCAGUCAAGAUUCUCUCCUAUGAGUGGUCAAAAGAUGAGUGUCAAGCAAGAAAUCACCUGCAGGCCUAAGCCCAUCAAAGCACGAAUACCUUCAACAGGUAUUGAGACUACAACAAAGUACCAUCACACUUCCAUGGACAAAGGGGGAACCGUGUCUGUUUUAUCCAGCACGUAUCCUUACCACAGUCCUGUGAAUCCUACCGGAGUGUCAGGUUUCCAGCCCACUGGUGGAGCGUUCAUAACCAUGCCUAUAUCACCGAAAGUCAUCAAGCCUGAGCCAGUGAAGAACGAGCAGCAAUAUAGUACGCAGUACAGCAUGAGUAAUCUGGUGGCAAGCAUUCAUGAAAAUGGAAGGAACAUGACUAAAUUCACAGCUGCUCCUGUAUUGCAUUCUAUUGGAUCAAAACCUAUGAUGGCUCUGUUUAAACAACAGCAGCCGUUGCAGUCUUUAGGCACUAUUCUUCGUCCCCUUACUUCAGCUGUCCCUUAUCAACCAUCGUUCACUCUAACAUUGCUCGAUAACGAUUUGGUGGCUGUUUCCAAACCGCAGCAGGGAUCCCAGUAUCUUGGUCCGACACCUCCCCACCCCCGGAUGUACUGUGGAUUCCAUAUACCUAUUUCCGAUGCUGGCAAUCGCAACAUAUCUUCACAAGGUUUAGUUUCUAGUAAUAAGAUGGAAACGCAAAGCGUGAUUGUGAGCAAAUCUUAUCCAGUCUCAACGACAUCCACUACGUCGAAUUACAGAGGAAUUGGUCAUCCAAUAGCGCGACUGGCAGAGCCUGAAAAGAAUGAAAAUCAAGUAGGAAACAACCAUGCUCAAUUUUAUGUGACCAAUGUGAAAUCUGAACAAGACAGGAAGGAUACUGUUAAUAUUCUUCUACCUGUUGCGAACGAUAAACACAAGCAACCAUCCACGCCGCACACUCCUCAUACGCCUCUCAGUAAUCACGCUAGUGAAGUUCCAUCUAAUAAAUCGUAUUCCAUGGAUGAUGUUCAGAAUGAUGUAGGGCCAAGUAAAGGUCCUUUUAUGCUCGCGCCUACCCCAGCACAACUUGGUCGUGCACCAUUACAAAGGAGACAAUCAAUGGCAAUGCCUCCCACAUCAAAUGCAGGAGACCAUGGGCCUCUGACGUCUCAACACUGUGACAAUCGUUCACAAACAAGCACAUCUCAAUCCGCGGAACAAAAUUUCUCAGAAUCUCAUGCUUCGCCUUCACCUUCUACCAAGAAAGGAUCUUUCUUUAAAAAGAAUGUUGAGGAUGGAAUGGACAGAGUUCUUGAGCAAGUGAAUUUUCAAGAAAAGUUCUCGUCUUUGCCUGAAUUCAAGCCAGAAGACAUCCAAAGUCCAAGUGCAAUCACAAUUAAUACAGCGGGUUCAUCUGGUCAUAGUUCAGUAGUAACAUCAGGUUUACAUCCAUCAAAUUUACAAUCAUCGAUUCAAAUGCAAAGUUACCGCAAGAAGUCUACACAAGGACCUCAUAGGCCCACAAUAAAUGAGGACGAGAUUGAAUCGGACACACCAGUGUCCGCCACUCCAAAAUCAACUUCCAGUGUGAAAUUGACAGGGAAUACAUUCUUUGGUCCAGACUUUAACGUUGACGCAUACAGAACUAAUACAGAUCUUGUAGACGUCGAUGCCAGUUCCCCUAGGACGCCGAAGACCCCUGGAGGCGGUGGUAAUUCAGUAGGAAUCGGCGGUAGAAACGAAAAUGAAAGAGGCCACAGAAAAGUCUUGGAACAGCGUCGGCAUCUUGUGAUGCAAUUGUUUCAAGAACACGGGUAUUUUCCUUCUACUCAGGCUACUACAACGUUUCAAGCAAAACAUUCGGAUAUAUUUCCUAACAAGACGAGUUUGCAAUUGAAAAUCAGGGAAGUGAGACAGAAAUUGAAAGCCAAUUCGACGCCCAUGAGUGCUAACAGUCUCGUUAGCCCGUUACCUGUUUCUGAACCUUCGCCUAACGUGACUGGACCAUUGACUGCUCCUCCUACAUCGAUGGGAGCUCCCCAUUCACUGCCCGUAAGCAGUAGUGGUAGCUAGCGCCCACGUGCCAACUGUGAUACUAUGCAUCCCCCUACUCCACAGCAUGAGUACAUCAUUAUUCAUUGAAAAGAAAGGAACGUUUGUUGUAAAGUGAUGCAAGGCUUUAGUGCAAUUUGAACAUUGAGGCAGGUAAACUUAAUACAGGCAUAUCAAGGUGAGUUGAUGUACACAUAUCAGUAAAUGUAUAUAAGAAAGUUUAUGUGUGUUCGAGUAUCUGUGUUUUAUUGGAAACGAGUGAUCAAGAAUUCCACUAAUUAGCAAAUUAGAGGCUCAAUAAAAAAUGACGAGCUUUCUUGUCUCAGAAGAAAAGACAAUACUCUUCUGCAUUCUAAAUCCAAAGAUGAUUUAUAAAAAAAAUAUAGAAAUUAUUUUACUACAGGUGAAAGUGAUAUCUGUACAUCGAAGCACCUUGCAAGGAAUUACGGAAGGCCUAAGCCGUUGUUAAACAUUGUAUGCGUGUGUGAAUGAGAGAGAGAGAGAAAGAAAUCUUAAUCAGAGUAUUAGAAUUAAAAUGAAAAUCAGAGUUUAUAUACUUUAGUUAUACUUUAUAUAUAUAGAAAGAUGAAACUAUAGAACUGCGAUAUGAAACAUUGCACAAAAUUUAUGUAACGCAGUCAGCAAAUAUGUUUAUUUUAUCUGUAAAUAUUAUAUGGCAUGAGUUGGAGUGGGAGAGUUUAAAAAGAAGUAUCUAUAAAAGAUUUUAAGAAGCAUUCAGAUAAAUCGUGCCAUUGUGCGGCGACAAAGAAGGGAAUGCAUGCGUAAAUAAGUCCCUUAAUUAAUUGUUAGACACCACUUGAUAUAUGUUUCUAAUAUUCUCGAAAGUACUUAUCUACUGUUUUUAAAGCUCUGCUUAAAUUCAACGCGUUCCAUUAUUUUAUAAAAUAUUUUAAAUUUUUUUUGCGACGGUUUUUAUACAGGCCGUCUUUUUUUCUUAUUUUUUUUUGUUUUUUUUUUUGGCCAUGGACAAUCUAUUUGUUUUUAAAUGCGUAUUAUUUGAUGAAAUUUGAGAUUCCAUUUUUUUUAACGAAUUAUAUAUUAUUUUAGCGCAUUUUAUCAACACGUUGAAUUUCAGCGGAGAUUUGUUGAAUUUGGCUGUAAAAUAGAUUAUGUAAUUAGCGAUAAUGUUUAUAAAAUGGAAAAGCGCACUUUGAAAAAAUUCAAAUUUUGCGCCACGGCACGCAUAUUGUAGUUAGGAUAGGAACAAUGUCUAUUCUACAUAUUUUGUAAAUAGGAAGAAAAUACAAUAUACUAAUUGAGUAUAUAUUAUUAAAAGAUUUAGGAUACGAAAUGGUAGAGUAUAGCAUUGUAAUUUGUAGAAUAAUGAGAGCGCAGGCAGGAUUAGGUUAUGAAAGGAUCAUUACAGAUUGCGGGCCUUCUUGCGCACGGGACGGUCCCCCCAACCCUCCUCCAAAGUUAACCCUUUCCUAAAAUUCUUAGGAUAUUAUUAUUUGUAAAUAUUAUUACAUUUUUUCAUUUAUUAUUUUUCAUGGAGCGUUUAACGCACCGGCGGCAAAACAGAGACACUUGAAAUCUGCAGUGAUUCAAUCUUGUAAACUUUUUUUUAAUAUUGUUUAAGAAAUUCAUAUUAUUAUUAUUCAAAUCAUAUUAUAGUAAUUUUCUUUUUAAAUCACAUUGUUUUUAUCAGAAAUUUUUUUAAUUUCCCACCAUAAUUUAUAGAUUGUUUUGAAUAUUGCAGAGAUUUUUUUAAUUUCCCGUCCAAGUAUAAAUUACUUUGAAUCUUGCAAAGGAAUUUUUUUUAAUUUCCCGCCAAAGUUCAGAUUGUUUUGAAUUCUAUUUUUAUUAUAAAAACAUUUUAGAUAAUAAUAUAGUUCCUCAUUUUAGAGUUUCAGCAAUAUUUUAUAUUAACUGCGUAAUUUUAAUAUGUACUAACUUCCUUUUACAGGAAAUAGAUCACACCAGGGAUCAAGCGUCUCUCAUUGCCCUUCAAAGAAUUUAUAUUUUGUACUUGUAUAAACUAUUUUCCAGUAUUGAUAAGAUUUUGAAAAAUACUUUCAUAUUUCCCUCCUUUUUUGGUUUUUUUUUGUUACAAACUGGUGAUGAAAUAUGUUUAGUGAUUUAGCAGCCAUCCAUGUGACUGUGAUCUAGGAAAACAGAAGUAAAGUAAAAUGGCGGCUACUUAACUGGCAUUUUCUUCACCAUAUUCUCUCCCCUGAAUCCUUACGCACUUGAUCGAAACCUAUGCACUUCUAUUUCUUAAUUAAUUUCUUUUUUUUAUUAUUAUUCGCAACAAUGUAUUUUUAUUACAUUCUAAGUUGCUAUUUUUUCUUGUUUAAUUCUACAAAUAUUUUUAAAAUUGUUAUACGAUUAUAUAUCAGUCACGAAUAAUGUUAUAGAAAUAUAGGAGAAGUAAUAUCAUAUUAUGGCGAAAUAAAAAGCAUACAGUGAAUCUUUGUUAUAUACAGCAUUAAAUGCAUGAAAAUAUCAUGCAUUGUACAUGCGUAGGUAAUAAAGUGUAAUUGUAUGAAAAAUUACAAGUGAAAUGUUUAACAUCUUGUGAUGCAUAUACAUAUACUUACACAAUAUGCAUACAUAUAUAUAUAUAUAUAUAUAGAUAUAUAUUACACAAUUUAUAGAUGGAAAAUAUGGCUGUGGCGUUAAAAUCUGUGCCAGUCUGCUAAAAGUUCAUAAAAUUAUUUUUCUAACAAAAUUCAUUUUAAACUUUACAUAUAAUUAUCUUAACAUAUUUAAAAUUAGGUGUACCUAUUGAUUCAGUGCCUUUAGCAUUACGUGUUUUAAAUUUGAAUUUCCCGCGCUUUGGUGGACUUGAAAAGUGGCGCGAAAAUAUGAAAAGGCGCUGAAUUAAUUCUUAUACCUAAUACUUUUAAUUUUUAACUGUGACAGAUCAGCAAAAUUGUAUAAUGUAUUACUUCUGCAUAUACAUGAACUGUAAAUAUAAAAAUUUGUUGGGAUUGGCAGAUUUUAACACCGACGCCCUUUAUACGAGAACCAGUUGUUGGACCAAAUUGCCGUGUGACCAUUUUGACUUACAAAUGCGUUACUUUUUUUCUAAAGCAUUAGUAUAACAAAAGUAAUCACGGAAUUUGCUCGAAGGCACUGUGACAUUUACGGAGGACGUGUAUUUUAACACUGUGGCGAGCUUAGAAGAAAAAGAUGUACAAAUUAAUUCGGUGCCUUUAGCAUUACGCCUUCUUCAAUUUAAAUUUCCCGCACUUCGGUGGGUUUAAAAAAUGGUGUGAAAAUUUGAAAGGACACCGAAUUCAUUUGUACAGCUAAUACAUAUAUGUAACAUUGAAUAAAAUGAAUACAUGCGUUGAUUACUUUUCAUUCAUUAUUUUGCAAUAUUUAAUAAAUGCCUGCAGACUUUUUUAUAAUGCUCAAAGUUACAGUUAUUUAUUUAUUCUAUCCAUGACGUUUAAGAUUAAGGGAUAUUUAAACACCGUACAAUGUCACAUUGCUCGUACAAGAGGUUAUGGUUGUCUGCUGUUCAACAGCAAGAGUGAAUCUCAUUUUGUCCAACGAUAAUAAAUUUCUCAUCACUGUACGGAAACAAAUGCCUGUUGUAAUUAAUGGUGAUAUUAUAUUGGUGUACAAAUCAAUUCGAUGUUUAAUUUCGAAUUUUUCACGUUUUGAUGGAUUUGAAAAGUAACGCGAGAAUAUAAAUGAUUAUUUGAAUAACUGUAGCACCGAAUUAAUUUGUACACACAAUAUAUUGAAAAAAAAUUAAAAUCAACACUCGAGGGAUUAUUAUACUUGUAAACAGUGUUUUACGCCUAUUUGUUUCCGGAAAGAAACCGAUAUACACUUACACUUAACCAAGAGAAGUUACGUUGCAUCUAUGUACAGUACCGAGUACGGUAGAAAUUCUCUAAAUCUUAAUUUUGAGGGAUAUUAAUAUUAAGAGUACUUUACAAUAUAAUUUUUAAUUAUUAAACAUGAGCAAAUUUAGUAUAUAACUAAGAAAUAUAAUCAAUCCAAAUUUCCCGCGCAAACAUACAUACAAGUGAUAGGGCCCUAACAUCUAUAUAUGUAAGUACAUAUGUAUAAUGGGCCACCUCCCCUCUAUUGCCAUUCACCUUAGAGAAGUCUCCGUGCUCAGUACUGUACAUUACUGUGUUCUAGGAUCUCCGAAUUGAACGAGGCAGCAUUUUAAUUGGUAUAAAAGUACUUGCAGAUAAAACCAAGUUACAGUCCAUUAUGGUGGAUAAAUUUACAUUGAUUUUUUUCAUUUUUCGACGAAGUGCACAAAGAGGAUGUACUUUUCUCGGGGAAACGUUAUUUAAGGGCCUCUGUACAUUAGUAUUACCAUCACUGUAUGUGAAGAAAAUAGUGGAUUACGAAUUUUCAGAAAGCAGAUAUAUAUGAAUAUAUAUAUAUUAAAGAAUCAUAUAUAUAUUAUAUACCAAUGUCUAAUUAUAAAUUAUUGAACAAGUGUUAUCAAAUAAAAUGUUGUACUCUAUGUUGACAAUCGCCGACGUUCUCAGCCUGAACAGGUGUACAUCAUGCCUUGAAUUAAAGAAUGCGACACGGAAGAUCAUGGGUGCGUGUAAUUCAUUUUUUCAAACAGUGUAAAACAAAAUGGCUAUCGACCGUUUGCUUGUAUUUUAUUAUCACAACAUUAGACGUGUUCACGGAUUAAAAGAGCAUGGAAUUUUAACCUGUAUAUAGUUCAGUUAUUUGCUUCGAGGACCUUGUAAAAAAAAAAA